AUGUUAAAAGGCAAUGAAGUUAAAAAGAACAGGAAUAAAAUAUUUGUGAGCGACUAACCGGUUAUGGGACGUCUGCCGGCGUUAGUCAUCGGUGCGGGGCUUCUCGCCGUAGCCUCCUGUGCCCCCCCAGGCAAGCCCAACCUAGGAUGGGGGGAGCGCACCUUCGCCAUCGUUGAAGUAAACCAAGCAGCCACAGCCUAUAACCAAUUAGUCACCAAAAAAGAUGCAGCUGAUGUCUCCGUCACCUGGAACACGUGGUCUGGCGAUCCAGCAGACAAAGCAAGGGUUCUGCUAAAUGAUAAGGAGUUCUGGUCUGGAGCCGGUUCGGCUACUUCAGCUAAGUUUAAAGUGAAAAAAGGUGGUAGAUACCAAAUGAAGGUGGAACUCUGCAAUAAAGAUGGAUGCAGCUACAGCGAUGCUACCGAGAUCGUAGUUGCUGAUACUGAUGGAAGUCAUUUACCACCCCUAGCUUUUUCAAUUGGAGAGAAGAAUAAACGCUUCAAGCAAACCUCGGGAAAGGUGGUCGGAGCUUACUUUGUAGAGUGGGGAGUCUAUCCAAGAAAGUUCCCCGUUGAUCGUGUCCCUAUCCCGAAUCUGACUCAUCUUCUGUAUGGUUUCAUCCCAAUUUGUGGUGGGGAUGGCAUCAAUGACAGCUUAAAGGAGAUCGAAGGCAGUUUCCAAGCAUUACAGAGGUCUUGCAGCGGAAGAGAAGACUUCAAAGUAACUAUCCACGACCCUUGGGCUGCUCUACAGAAACCACAAAAAGGUUUAUCAUCCUGGAAUGAACCUUACAAGGGUAACUUCGGCCAGCUCAUGAUGUUGAAGCAGGCGAGACCAGACUUGAAGAUCCUUCCCUCAGUAGGUGGUUGGACCUUAGCUGACCCAUUCUUUUUCUUCACUGAUGACACAAAGAGAGCUCGCUUCGUUGCUUCAGUUAAAGACUUCCUACAAACCUGGAAAUUCUUCGACGGUGUUGAUAUUGAUUGGGAAUUCCCUGGAGGUAAGGGCGCCAACCCACACCUCGGUGGUCCUGAUGAUGGUCACGUUUACGUUAAGCUCAUGAAAGAGCUUAGACAAAUGUUGAACGAGCUCUCAGCUGAAACUGGUAGGAAAUACGAACUUACCUCCGCUAUCAGCGCCGGUUGGGACAAGAUUCAAGUAAUAGAUUACAAUGUCGCUCAGCAAUACAUGGACCAUAUUUUCUUGAUGAGUUACGACUUUAAGGGUGCGUGGUCGAACGAUACCCUCGGUCACCAAACUGCUCUAUAUGCUCCUGCAUGGAAACCUAAAGAAACAUACACCACUGAUUUUGGUGUCAAAUACUUAUUGGCCCAAGGAGUUAACCCAAGGAAAAUAGUUGUUGGCGUUGCUAUGUACGGUCGCGGUUGGACUGGGGUUCAUGAUUACAAAGACGGCAAUCCUUUCACUGGGGUGGCAAAUGGGCCAUGCAAGGGUACUUGGCAAGACGGCGUAGUAGACUACAGGGAGAUCGCAAACGAAAUCGCUCAAGGGAAGUGGGAGUACUACUACGACAAGGUUGCGCAGGCGCCGUACGUAUUCCGGAAAGAAACUGGUGAUCUGAUUACUUAUGACGAUGCAAGAUCAACGAUCGAAAAAGCGAAGUAUGUGAGACAGAAUAAGCUUGGUGGUCUGUUCGCAUGGGAAGUCGAUGCUGAUAACGGCGACAUAUUAAACGCCAUGAAUAUGGGACUAGGUAACAGUGCGUGA